UGAAUGAGGAGGCGAAAAACAAUUCACAGCUAUCGUUAUGUGCCAUGCAAAUUAACAAUCAUCGAAGCUCGCACAGGAAAGAGUAUACAAAUUCUGUCAUCACAAUGAAAAUUAUGCCUGUUUCCUAUAUAACAAACAGGCGCCGGAUAAGAUUUUGGAUGCCUUUACCUACUCGACAACGCGCCCUUUAUGUUCUAGGUGUAAUUGGAUGUUUUCAUUUACUGAUUCAAACUAUAGCUCGAGUAUAUCUUUAUUUCAAUCCGUUUUCUCCGUACGUUGCAGCUGUUAAUGUGCUGAGCACUUACUGUUAUAUCUCCAACAAUGAGCAGAGGAAAUACGACGAAGAAUCCUAUCAAAAAGUUAUUAAGAGUGCUCAGUAUGAAUUCGAAUCAUACGCGACUCUUUAUUCGUCAAAUGUAUGCUAUUCAGCUAACCAGGACCCUUCAAGGUCAAUAUUUUCCUUUGAAAGAGCUCUCAUGGCACCUCUGAUUAAAGCAACCUUAGAAUACCAUGGACUGUCACCACUUACAACCGAAGUAACAGAUGUGGUGGCUGAGCCGUUUGACGGCUUCGGAAAUUUAUAUCAUCUCUUAGUCCAGAGGUCAAACGGACUGUUAAAGCUAUCAACAUUCCUGCCAGCAGCAUCUCCAGAGUACCUGCCAUCAACUUACUCAUCAAGGCUAGAACACGUCAAUCUUAUUGUAGCCUACUCGAAUGAGCCAAAACGUCUGGAAGUGUUUCUCAACUUCUUGAGGAGCCUCAUGAAUAUUGACCAGAACUUUUCAGUUGUACUGGUAAAUUUCGUCAGUAAAAUGGCGGAUAGAAUGACAGUAGAGAAUAAAAUAUUUACGCUAAUUGGCGAAGUUCUCCCAAAUCAGGAAUUAAGAAACAGAGUUCAAAUCAUAUCGCUUGUUGGACCUUUUUCAAGAGGACGUGGACUGAAUACAGGAGCGAGAAAAGCUAAGUGCCCCACAUCUGAGCAUUCCGAAACGGGUUGUACAUUAUUCUUCAGUGACAUUGACGUGACUUUCACAACCGAGACUUUAAACAGGUGUCGACUGCUUUCGGAAAAGGGAAAAAGCGCUUAUUUCCCCAUGGUAUUUAGCCAGUACAAUCCAGAUUUGUCUAAAAUUCAUUUGACCAAAUUUGAGCUGUACUUGAGCAAAGAUUCAGGUUUGUGGCGCAACUUUGGAUUCGGAAUGUCGUGUAUAGAGUCCUCGGAUUUCAAAGAACGCGUUUCGUUUCCUGAGUAUAACCAGUGGGGUUACGAAGACGAGCAAUUUCAUUCCAAGGUCAGGUCUGCAGGCUUGACAGUUUACAGGGUACCUGAUCCAGGACUUAUACAUGCGUAUCAUUCCAAAAACUGUUCCAGUGCGGCAAGCAAGUUUGCAUGUUAUAAGUCACAGGCCUUGACUGAAGGAAGUUCACAACAACUUGGAUUGGAAUUGUUCAAAUUGAAGGAGAGAUGUCCUGCCACUUGAAAUAUCUAGAGGGACGAAAUUAAUUGACAAUCUUAACCUUACCUGUAUAUAAAUCCUUAGAUCUAUUUAUUUACGCUUGCGAUCGGCAAGUAAUAUCAAAUCGGAAUAUAUUCUU